CUUUCCUCUAGUGUUAAUUUAAAAACCCUUUUGAGAAGUAUAUGAAGUAAAUGAAUAGAUGGAUGAUGGCCUUUAAUCUAAUGGUUUCCUAUUUCUUCACAAUGGAACAAACAAAAUGCUUCAGUGGAUCUCUGUGAAGGGAAGGAAAUGCCAUGGGGUAAAUUCAGUCAUGCGUCCCCUUAAUUAUUAAAAAACACACCUGCCAUUCAGAGCAAAACAGGUCUUUGCUGGUUUCUCAUGCUUCAUCUCCAGUGUCCCUGUGUCCGGUCAUCUAUGACCCUGUUGUCCAGAUCAGCGACCCGCACUCAUAUAAAGUCACAAAUGACACACAAACCCUUCAGAAGGACAUCGGCACUCAAUAUGAAGCUGAUCAACAGCUGCCUGACUGUUCUCGUCUUUAUAAAAGCUGUACAAUCAGCAGCUAUGAGAGAUGCAUUUGAAAUGAAUCUACCUCUUGACCGCACUGAACCAACACCGCUCUCAGAAAUGGAUCUAGCAACAGAGAAGAUUCUGGAUCCUGUACAUCUGGCAGAUCCAACUGCAGAAUGUGAAGCCCCAGAAAUUGUUGUCAACUCUGCUGACUUUUCCAAUACAACACCCAAACCAAAUUUGGUAGAACUUACAGAUGUUGCUGAAGAGAAAUCCAUAGAAAGCAGCAACUCAGACAGCAGAUUAGCUGAAAGAGCAUCAGCAGAAGACAGCAGAGGUGACGUCUUCAAGAGUUUACGGCAGGGAACAGCACUUGCAGUGAAGGAGGACAUUAGUAGUCAGGAAAUGAACAGACCUGAGGAGAACGGGAGAUACCGACCCCCAAGGACCCAGAAGUUAGAUAAACACAACUUUGUGGUAAAAGAAACAGACAGACAAAAUCUGAACCUCAUGAAAGAGCUGGAUCCCUUAAUGCAGAGUUUCGGCAGUAGAAUGAACCUCAAAGACCAGGCUGGUAAACCACAUGAGACUGACAAAAGAGCAAUGGAUUUAGACAGCCCAGAGUUUGUAGACACCUCGGAAAGACCAGACCGAGAUGCUGACAGUGAAGAACGUGAUGGUGGUCGAGGAACAUUUCAGACACAAACCUCAGGAAUCAAAUUGAAACUAAGCUAUGCUGAUAAGCAGGGCAUACUGGACGACAGUAGGGAAUCAGUAGAUUAGCUUCUGGGAUGCACAGAAACAUCUGCUGAACAUCCCAUGGAAGAGAACAACAGUCUGGAUGCCCCUAAUCUGGACCAGAAGAGUCAAACGGACACAAUGAGCUAUCAGAACCAGCUGAGGAAAAUAUGUCCCACAAAGAGAGAACGAGGAUCCAACAACCCAAGAGCACGGCUGGAUUUAGAGCAGUGAAACUUUGGACAGAGACAACAGCAGAGAGAGGCUGCAAUAUCAUGUGGCAGCUCCUCUGUGGGACAAUUUAUUUUUUUCUUCCCUUGAAUAUAUACAUUAUAUAGUAUGAUACAAUGUGAUUUUAAUGUCUGUUUGAUCCAAUAUUAUUUUUUCUUUUUGUGGAUUGUUAUGGACCUGCAUAAAUCAUUUUUACUCAUUCUAUGAGAUCUAUGAUUUUGUGGGAUGCCAGUAUAAUUGAAAUUAUAUAGAAAUGAUUAAAAACAUUUUGCUGAAUAAGAAAUAGAACCAAAUAAACUACUACUACUACUAAUUAUUAUUAUUAUUAUUAGCAUAGACUGUUAAGAGUGUUAAGUGUUUUAAAGAGAGAAGUCCAAAUAAUAAUAAUAGUUUUGAUUAUUUUAUUAUUAUUAUUCAUGUCUGUCCUUUUACUUAUUUUGCUUUUCCCCAGUAUUAUUUAUGUACACAUAUAUUUGAUAUCAUUAUUUUAUUUAACUAUAUAAUUCCUUUUGACUAAAGAUAUCCGAAGAAUUCCGUUAAAGUUUAAUGUCAGAUAAUAUUUAGGUUAAGGUAUACUUUUUUUGUCCCAGAGGGAAGUUUGUCUUUGGGAUCAAACUACAGCCACUGCAUCACAAUACUUAAUGCAUUGCACAAUAAAAAAUGAACAUACAUUAGUCUCUUAA